UUAUUAUUAGGUAUGUUGUUUCUUCCAUAUGUUAAUACGGUGCUUCUCACUAUUUACAUCGCCUUCAUCAUCAGAUCUGGUUGUCUAUUUUAUGUAUGUAUCUUCUUCAUCUGGUUUUGGUUCUUCCUUUAGUUUCGAAUUUGUUUCCUUUUUGUGUAUCUUCGGUAUUUGAGCGAACUGAAUUUGGGGGGUUUUGGUUAUUUUUUGGGGCCUAAAGCCACUGCUUUAGUGGCUUUAGGGUUGAGUCGCCGAAGUAGAACAGAGUAAAUUUUGUGUGGGUAAUGAGCUCAAUUGAUAAUGAGUAGACUCUCAUUUAGACCGCGUCCUCUUGACAUUCACAAGAAGUUGCCAAUUUUAAAAUCUAUCAAGGAUUUUGAGGAUGAUGAUUCCCAGACUAAUACACGGAACCUUAUCCUUCGUCUCGCUGCUGAAGCUACAGAAAAUGAGGUGCCACAAACUUCUAGCAAGAAGUUGGCUCCUGAAAUACCUACUCCUGAGUAUGUGAUUGUGGAUACAUAUGAAAGAGAUUAUUCGCCCACCUUUGGGCAGCCAACAUCAUAUAUACAUGCUAGAGGAGCUCGGGCUGAGAUUGGAGAAUUUGUUGAGUAUGAUCUUGACAAUGAGGAUGAAGAUUGGCUUCAAGAGUUCAACAGAGAAAGAAAAGUUCUUGCAGCUGAAAAGUUGGAGACAAUUUUGUAUAAACUAGAAGUUUUAGAUCACAAGGCCCGAGAAAGAGCAGGAGUUAUAGCAAAUACGCUUGGAUCGCCAGUUCCUGUGCUUCUAAGUUUUGAUGCUGCUGUUGAGGCCUUGCAAUCUUUAUCCAUUAAAUAUGGAGUAUUCCAGUCUAUUUAUAAUUACUGGAAGGAUAAGCGGGAGCGGUUGCAGAAGCCUUCUCUUCGGCGUUUGCAGCCGCCUCCACCAGUUAACGACACGAAUCCUUAUAAUGUAUUUAGGCCAAGGGAGAAGGCCCACAGACUUCAUACAAGAAGGAUGCAAAGGAGGGAAAACAAUGCACAGUCAUUUGAAAAGCUUCGCCAGGUUAGGCGCAACCUUGACCAAGCAAAGAUCAUUCUUGAGGCUCUCAUCAAGAGAGAGGAGAAGAAGCGAGAGGUUAUUGAUAGUGAGAUUAGCCUCCAGAGACUUCAAAUGAAACACAAGAAUGAAACUGAGCUUUUUGUGGAUGCCUUUACUCUGCCUGAAUUUCCUUCCUUCCCAAGUAAGGUUGGUUCAAGUGAGGACGAAUUUGUUGACUCUGAUGAUCCUUCUACUAGCCGUCGGCAUAUAGCACAAAACAUAACCUUCCCGGACCCGAAGCUGGUGACUGCUUCUCCUAGAAUCAUGAGGCGAGAGUUCAAGCGAAGAAAUGUGCCCCAUGGAUGGCUCUAUAAAUUGGAUCCAAAUGAGCCAACUCUGCUGUUUACGAAACCUCUGGAUCCAGCCAAAUUGUCAGCUGCAGGCAUUAUACCUCCAGGUUCUCCGACACCAAAUGGCCUACCUGCUCACACAUUUAGCUUUCGUGGAAGGAUGGGGCGAGGUGGUCGUAUCGUGUUUGAUAGAUGGAAUCCACUCAGCCAUACACCCAUGGAGUGCGGUGAUACUUUAUAUGUUCCACCAAAGGCUCGACAUUCUGCACAUCAAUGACAUGAUUAGCACUUGGUGAGCUUGUUUCUCAAUCCCCUUGAAAGUUGUAUAUGUUGUAUGAUAUUUGCAUGGAUGAUGCUAAAGAUGGAAGGGAAAAUUUUGAACCUGUGAUAAUCGAAGAAGAACCAAGUCCUGGAGAUGCACGUACAGAUUUGAUAAAUUUGUUGAAGGCAAAUGUCAUAAAAUGAAUGCUUAAAGCAUCGUUUUGCCGUAAUGGUUUGCCUUCUGUUUAUGUUUUUGGGCAAGUGCAGGGUGUACCAUUUUCAUUGUUUCUUACAUAGUUAAGAAAUGAAAAUAUCCCUCUGCCCAAAUGUACAAUAUUUCCAAGGGUGUACCAUUUUCAUUGUUUCUUGCAUAGUUAAGAAAUGAAAAUAUCCCUCUGCCCAAAUGUACAAUAUUUCCAAGUUAGUAACAGGGAAGAAAAAAGAGGAAAAAGUAGCUUCCUCCUGUAUUUGUAGAAUGUUAAUUUAAUAGAUCAGGUCUUAUUUUAAGUACAUUCCCACUUAGAUAAUGUAUGUAUGUGUUUGUUGUAAAUAAAGGAUGAAGUUAACCAGGUUUAGCCAUUCAUUGUUAAUUUGACCAGUUUAUUUUCUUA